AUGGUCCAGCGCAUAUUAUCUGCGGCGAUACUAGCACCAGGAAUCACGGUCUUCCUAUGGCUAUCACCAGCAAUUGCGACGUCUACCGUCUGUAGCUUUAUGACCAGUAUUUGCUCGUACGAAUACGCGUGUCUAGCAAAUCGCAUUCGACUGCGAUUAUUGACCAUGCUGGAAUUCAUUGAGAGCUCCAAUUCGAAUACAAGUAGAUCUGCGCAGAACAUCAUCACAACACAACAUGAUACACGAAGCGAUAGUGAGAGCAGCAGCAGCUAUGUUGACAAUGAGAGCAGCAGCAGUAGCAUUGUCGACAGUAGACCAUUUGACGAUGACGUGACUGCUAGCCGCACGCUUAUGUUCGACAGCACUGCAGACGCAAGACUGCAUCAAAGGCUAUCACACGAUGGCGACAGAUAUGCAACAAGAACGACAACGUCUCGAGCUUUUCAAGACGAACAGGAGGCAAGGGAACUUGCUCGAGUGAAUCGUGAGUUAGAGAAACAAGCUGCGAGGUUACAGCAAUGUGCAGUGACGGAUGUGGCCAAGUAUGUCUUUGGAGGACACAAGUGGCUUGCGGUGCUGUGCAUUUCUGCACUAUUGUGCACCAUCUCGUCGUGUAUUUUUCUUCUCAUGAUCCAAGGAUUUCCAGCACUCGAGUCAACCGAGUUGUACAAGUCUCGGUGGUUUUACACCGUCGCGACAGGUUUUGUUGCGGCAAUAUGUGCUUGUCUUUCUCCAGACUGGCACUACUCAGUCAUUAUCUUCCUCCAAAAUGCCAUCUUUACGAUUUUGACUCUGCAUUCAACGACAUGCCCCAUUAACGAAAUUUCCUGUCAUACAGCAAUUACACCUUCGCAGACAUUUCUCACUGGUAUGGUGGUCUUCCUUGUGUUUCGAUUUGCUACAUGUCAGAGCAAUGUCGAAGCGCUUUUAGCAUUUAUGCUGGAUACGCUGGGUCUAAUCUACAUUAUUGGCACCUUAUCAGUGCUCGUUGCGUUCGUGGACGACGAACGCCGAAUACUUUACCGCAAAUUACUCAUUGCUCUGCUUUACGUCGUCUGGGCUUCUGACACUGGUGCUUAUAUCACUGGCAAGGCCUUGUCACUCUUGAAAUAUCCGUACUACAAUCCCCUUGCAGCUCAUUUAUCCAAAAACAAAGAUUACGAAGGAACCAUUGGUGCCAUUGGAUUUGGAAUCAUUGCCAUGAUCGUGUCAUCACAUGUACUGAAUAUUCCUGGUUCAUUGAGUACAAAGGUCCUUUUCACUGUCAUUGCCGUCAUUAUUGGACGUAUUGGAGACCUUUUUGAGAGUUUACUCAAACGUGCUGCAGGAGUGAAGGAUUCAGGCACAUUGAUUCCUGGUCAUGGUGGUCUCUUAGAUCGUAUUGAUGCUCUCAUGUUUGCAACACUGGUGUUUUCACGCUAUUACGCAAUCGUCUAUUGA